AUGGUUGGCGUUAUGGUAAACUGUGCUCUCAUUGGACAAUCUGGGCUUGUGCAACGGAUAUGGCCAGACCUAAGCUGGGGUGGACAGGUACUAAUCGUCGUUGUAUUGGAGCAUAUAAUAUUGGCAUCAAAAAUCUUCAUUGACCUCGCCGUACCGGACGUUCCUCACUGGAUUCGGAUAGAAACAGCGAAACAGGAACACUUUCGAAGAGAGGCAUUCAAAGUGGGUCUCAAACUCACCACACCUACCUCUAAAUCUUUUAUUCUUAUCCUCGUCGGAAGAUGA